AUGGGUCGUACAAACCGUUCCCGUAAACGUCGCGAUGAAAUGAAUAAGAUCAAAAAAGCGCGUUACGAAGCAAAGGAACUCAUUCGAUUAAAAAAAACAUUGGGCCUUAUAGACGCUGAAGGAAAUGAAGUUAUGAAAGAUAUGUCAGAUGUAGCCACAGUAAAAACAGGAAAAGAAUUAAAACUAGAGAAAAAAUCUCGUGAAGAACAAGAAUUGGAGCAUGAGAUGGAGGAGCGACGAGAGCCAGGUAAAAACUUUACAGAAGUUAACGAGAAUACUGGAAAAGUCCAUGUUUACAAUAGUAAAACUAUGAAAGAUCAGCACGGUUCAUACCCGCCAUGGUAUAAACCAAAGAAAACAGCUAAACGGAUACGAAAGAAGGCGCACGCGAUGAAAAAACGUUUUAAGCAGACUUGGACAACUGCGAAUGUUCCGUUGUGAAAUAAUUAUUCUUUUCUAGUUCAUAGAGUAUGGUAUAAUAUAUAUAUAUAUGUAUUUUUAAUUUCACAGGAAGUAUGUAUUUAUGGAUAUAUAGAA